GGAGAGACUACUGGCCAAAGAAUGCAGGCUUUACAGGCUGAGAAACAACCACAGGAUCUCUGUAGCUGCUGCCUCCAAGCUGCUGUCAAACAUGAUGCUGGGUUACAGAGGCAUGGGGCUCUCCAUGGGGAGCAUGAUCUGUGGAUGGGACAAAGAGGGCCCUGGUCUGUACUAUGUGGAUGAUAAUGGGACGCGUCUGUCUGGCCGCAUGUUCUCUACCGGCUGUGGUAACAGUUACGCCUACGGCGUGGUGGACAGCGGUUACCGGGACGACAUGACUGUGGAGGAGGCGUAUGAUCUGGGCCUUCGGGGCAUUGCUCAUGCCACACACAGAGACGCUUACUCUGGAGGGUUUGUCAACAGUAAGUUGAAUUACUUUUUUUAAAUUUUGCAUUUUAAG